GAAGGCUGUAGUGCAAAAAGCAGGUUGUAUGCCAAGUGGUACUUUUCACUUUUAUUGCUGAACGAUAUCGGUGGUGUCGUGCUAUUCUUACAGUUGGAUGCUUUGAAUCAGGAAGUGAUAUAUCUCCUUGCUUCUCGCUGGAGAAGAAGCGCCAGCGUUUUAUCACAAGCUAACUAGCGCGAAGACUGCAUAGCUCUUUCUACGUAAGGCUGCUGUUUGCAGAAAUUUGGUCCAUGGUCUCCAGUCUCUUGGGGUCUCACGCUCUGUGAAAAUCUUCGUGUUUUUCCCUAGCCCCCAGAGUCACCUUUUACACAGCGUCUGCUUCUAACCGCAGUCCCCACAGGAGUUUGUAGGAUUUCUGUGUCAGCGGCGAAGGUGUUCUCACCUCAUAGAGCAAGGUAGAAACUACGCAGACAGGCGCUGUUCUUUGGGAUGAAAGCAGGGCCUUUGGGACUCUUUCUUAGUGUCCCCGUUCGGUUGUAGACAUAACACGCUUAGCUUUGUGUAGGAGAACGGCUCUGCCGGCGCCCAGGUGCCCUAACGCAUAUUCAUCGAGGCCCGCAGGUCAGAACUGCAGUCUCACCUGUCUUGGCGGAAAUGUGCUGCGAUCCUCCCUGUGCUACAUGAGCACGAGAAUUCCACUACGGAAGAAAACCCCAGGCCUAGUGAUGGCGGUUCUGGGCGUUUUGCCAGCUUCUCCCAGGGUGUGUUUUCUGACCCCACCCACUUCUGAUCUGUAAUGUCCUGGUCAAUAGAAACUACCUGGCCCAAACGGAAAAGGCAAGGAGGACCACAGCGGGAAAGCCUGUGGCGUCCCCUGCUGGCUACCCCGGGGACGGCACUCAUAGAUCCGCAUGUUCCGAGAAGCCUCUGCCAUCCCGACCCGGGUGCCGUGCAGAAACCCCCGGCUCCAAAGAAAACCGGCUAGAACGCACAGGACGCCCAGCCAGUGUUCAGGACACUGCGAGUGGAAGCCGUACGUCCUACGGACUGAGCUAGUUUGCUGAAGACGAGCCAUUUACUUCUAACCCCAGCAGCGGACAUUGCCUAGCUCAAAUAUAAAAUAUGUGAACCAAGACCGAAAGCAACUUGCAUUGCGUUACUGCUGAUGAGCAAAUGGGUUUUUAGAAUGUUUAAGAAAUGGCCCUUGUUUCGGGACCGUCAUCACUAACGUAUGCUUGGGAUUCCUGAUCGAGGAGUUUCUGAGCAAAAGCAGCCCACCAAUCCAGUGGCUGAGAACGGCUUGGAUAUUGGCUUCCAGGCGCAUCAGAAAUACCGAGGUUCUGACAAAGACGUGAGCUUCUGUCUGCCUUUGGGAAGGCCUUCUUCCAGUCCUGGCGCUGCCACUUGCCUUCUGUUUGACCUUGGGCCAGGUCCUUCAAUUUGCUAGGCUUCAAGUUGGAAAGUGUUACGGGAAAAUAAUGAGACGAAAUACUUCUUAGAGUUAUUGCACAGAUUACAGAAGAUAGUCUAAUAGCACCGUGUGUGGCUUACAUUAAGGAUUUGCUGAUAGGAAACAAUAUCCCAGGCGAAGUUUUUUCCCCUUAAUUAUGAAAUAUAACAAAGGAAAUUGUGUAGACUUCUGCUUCAGGCCUCUGUAACAUUCGAAUGAAUUUUGCACUUGUGAAGGUGACAUCCUUUUACAAAAUAAGUUAAUACUAAAGAAUGACAAAUGGAAUUUACAAAACACAUAUUCACAAAAAGAACUUGUUCUUAGCAGCUUAGUUUACAAUAGUCCCCAAACUGGGAAAGGUUCAUAUGCACCAAGAGGUGAAUGGACCUAUUGGGAUAUAUUCAUCCAAUGGAGUACUACCCUCAAUAAGAUGGGACAAAUUAUGGAAACAUGAGAUAGCAUGGGCGAAUCUCAAAAACCUCAUGCUGAGUGAUGAAAAGAGUGCAUUCUGUGUGGUGCCAUUAAGGUGAAUUUCUAGAACAGGUGAAACUAACCUGUAUAGUGACAGAAAAUACAUCAUUAAUUGCUGGGGUCAGGGAGUCGAGGGGACUGACUGCAAAGGGCACAGGAGGACCUUCUGGAGUAGUAGACAUGUCAUCAAACUUGAAAUGGAUGCAUUGUACCAUAUUCAACCAAUGCCUUAAUCAAUUUGAUUGUAAAAAGUAGUAAGAAAACCACUGCAGGCCGGAUGCGGUGGCUCACGCCUGUAAUCCUAGCACUCUGGGAGGCUGAGGCAGGCAGAUGGGAGGCCGAGGUUGCAGUGAGACGAGAUGGAGCCACUGCACUCCAGCCUGGGCAGCAGAGCCAAAAAAAAAAAAAAAAAAAAAAACCUCCAUCUCAAAAAAAAUAAAUAAAUAAAAACACAGCAAAUCAUAAUGCAUUCUACUUAAUUUAAUGUAUGCUUAGCUUUAGAGGAUUCCUUUAGAAAAGUGUCUCUCUAAAUGUGAUUGAGAGUUCAGGAAUUCCUUCAUUUCUGUUUCUGUCUCUUUGUCUUCAGUUACAUUCAUGCACUAUUAAAUGGAAUAUUUGUAAAAUAAAAAUAGAGUGUAAGCUACAUUUUACAAAAGCAUAUAUAUAUAUACAUGUAUCUAUAAUAUAUAGCUCCCAUAUAUAUGUGUGUGUAUAUAUAUAGAGAGAGCUUCAUUUAUUGUUCUGUUUUUUCUUUUGCGGGGGUGUGGGGGGGCCAGUCUAGCUAAAAUAUACAUUCUUCUCUCUGUAGAUAUACCAGAAGAACAUGACUCGAUCAGUGUUGCCCUAAUUUUAACAAAAGUUAUUUUGAACUUAAGGUGAUCAGAAAUUUUACAUAUCUGUACUUUUUCUUUAUUGGUGGUAUGGUCUAUGCUAAGCGUGUAUAAUUAAAAAAAAAUGAGAGUAACUUUAAAAUGAUUUGGAAGAAAAAAUAUGUACAUAUGUGAAUAGUACUUAAUUCCAGGUGGUGGGAAUAUGAAUGACUGGUUAUCUUCUUCUUUUUGUAUCUUUUAUAUUUUUAAAUGGAAAAACUCAAUGACCCGGAAGUGAAAGAACAGAUUUGGAAGGGGUGUGGGGCAGAAAUUUGGUUGGCAACAUUAGAGAUACACCUCACGUGCUUGGAAUGCCUCUCAUUAUCUUCUUCAGGUUGCAAGGGCUCCAGAAUAGUGACAUAAAGGAGCCUGAGCUGAGUCCACACACUGGAAGCCCAGAACUGAGGGAAGAGAUGAAAGAAAGCAAGUCAGCAGGUUUAGGGGAUGAGAACAACCCACAGAGGACAAGCCAUUGGAGUCUCCUGCCCCUGGCCAGGGAGAGCCACAGGGUGGAUCAGAUCUGGUUGAUAGUGAGGGGCAGCAGCAACUCCAAGAGGGGGAAGGUGCGACCAUGAGCCCCGCCCCAGACCCAGGAGCCUCGACCUUGGGGCUGCCAUAACAGUGGAUGCUCUUCAGCUGAAUGACCUGCCCUGGGCCCAUGACCCUGGACUUCAGCCAGAUGUCAGCAUCUGAAGUCCCUGGCCCCACCUCUUCUGCCACAAACGUCAGCAUGGUGGUAUCUGCCAGCCCUUGGUCCAGUGAGAAGGCAGAGAUGAACAUUCUAGAAAUCAAUGAGAAAUUGCACCCCCAGCUGGCAGAGAACAAACAGCAGUUCAGAAACCUCAAAGACAAAUUUCUUGUAACUCAAGUGGCCUGCUUCCUGGCCAACCGGCAGAAGAAAUACAAGUAUGAAGAGUGCAAAGACCUCAUAAAAUCUAUGCUGAGGAAUGAGCUACAGUUCAAGAAGGAGAAGCUCGCAGAGCAGCUCAAGCAAGCUGAGGAGCUCAGGCAAUAUAAAGUCCUGCUUCACUCUCAGGAACAAGAGCUGACCCAGUUAAGGGAGAAGUUACGGGAAGGGAGAGAUGCCUCCCACUCAUUGAAUCAGCAUCUCCAGGCCCUCCUCACUCCGGAUGAGCCAGACAAGUCCCAGGGGCAGGACCUCCAAGAACAGCUGGCUGAGGGGUGUAGACUGGCAAAGCACCUUGUCCAAAAGCUCAGCCCAGAAAAUGACAAAGAUGAGGAUGAAGAUGUUCAAGUUGAGGAGGCUGAGAAAGUGCAGAAAUCAUCUGCCCCCAGGGAGGUGCAGAAGGCUGAAGAAAAGGAAGUCCCUCAGGACUCACUGGAAGAAUGUGCUGUCACUUAUUCAAAGAGCCACGGCCCUUAUGACUCCAACCAGCCCUACAGGAAAACCAAAAUCACAUUUGAGGAAGACAAAGUCGACUCAACUCUCAUUGGCUCAUCCUCUCAUGCUGAAUGGGAGGAUGCUGUACAAAUUAUCCCAGAAAAUGAAAGUGAUGAUGAGGAAGAGGAAGAAAAAGGGCCAGUGUCUCCCAGGGACAUGGAUGAAGCUGGAAACCAUCAUUCUCAGCAAACUAUGGCAAGGACAAAAAACCAAACACCACAUGUUCUCACUCACAGGAAUCUGCAGGAGUCUGAAGAGGAGGAAGCCCCCCAGGAGUCCUGGGAUGAAGGUUAUUCGACUCUCUCAAUUCCUCUUGACAUGUUGGCCUCAUACCAGUCUUACAGGAGCACCUUUCACUCAUUAGAGGAACAGCAAGUCGGCUUGGCUCUUGACACAGGCAGACAUCGGUGGGAUCAAGUGAAAAAGGAGGAUCAAGAGGCAACAGGUCCCAGGCUCAGCAGGGAGCUGCUGGAUGAGAAAGAGCCUGAAGUCUUGCAAGACUCACUGGAGAGAUGUUAUUCGACUCCUUCAGGUUAUCUUGAAGUGACUGACUCAUGCCAGCCAUUCAGAAGUGCAUUUUACUUAUUGGAGCAACAGCGUGUUGGCUUGGCUCUUGAUGUGGAUGAAAUUGAAAAGUACCAAGAAGUGGAAGAAGACCAAGACCCAUCAUGCCCCAGGCUCAGCAGGGAGCUGCUGGAUGAGAAAGAGCCUGAAGUCUUGCAGGACUCACUGGAGAGAUGUUAUUCGACUCCUUCAGGUUAUCUUGAACUGCCUGACUUACGCCAGCCCUACAGAAGUGCCAUUUACUGAUUGGAGGAAGAGUACCUUGGCUUGGCUCUUGAUGUGGACAGAAUUAAAAAGGACCAAGAAGAGGAAGAAGACCAAGGCCCCCCAUGCCCCAGGAUCAACAGCAUGCUGAGGGAAGUGGAAGAGCCUGAAGUCUUGCAGGACUCACUGGAUAGAUGUUAUUCGACUCCUUCAAUGUACUUUGAACUACCUGACUCAUUCCAGCACUACAGAAGUGCGUUUUACUCAUUUGAGGAACAGCAUGUCAGCUUGGCCCUUGAUGUGGACAAUAGGUUUUUUACUUUGACGGUGAUAAGGCUCCACCUGGUCUUCCAGAUAGGAGUUAUAUUACCACACUAAGCAGCCCUUACUAAGCUGAGAGAUGUCAUUCCUGCAGGCAGGACCUAUAGGCACAUGUAGGUUUGAAUGAAACUGUAGUUCUAUUUGGAAGCCCAGACAUAGGAUGGGUCAGUGGGCAUGGCUCUAUUCCUAGUCUCAGACCAUGCCAGUGGCAACCUGUGCUCAGUCUGAAGACAUUCGACCCAAGUUAGGUGUGACACGUUCACGUAACUAUGCAGCACAUGCCAGGAGUGAUCUGUGAGACAUUCUAAUUUGAACCACGUAUCUCUGGGUAGCUACAGAGUUCCUCAGGGAAUUCAUUUGGCAGGCAUGUCUCUGAGCUUCUAUACCUGCUCAAGGUCAGUGUCAUCUUUGUGUUUAGCUCAUCCAAAGGUGUUACCCUGGUUUCAAUGAAUCUAACCUCAUUCUUUAUAUCUUCAGUGUUGGCUUGUUUUAGCUGAUCCAUCUGUAACACAGGAGGGAUUCUUGGCUGAGGAUUGUAUUUCAGAACCACCGACUGCUCUUGACAAUUGUUAACCCACUAGGCUCCUUUGGUUAGAGAAGCCACAGUCCUUCAGCCUCCAAUUGGUAUCAACACUUAGGAAGACCACAGCUAGAUGGACAAACAGCAUUGAGAGGCCUUAGCCCUACUCCUCUCAAUUCCAUCCUGUAAAGAACAGGAUUCAGGAGCCGCUGGCAGGAGACAGC